UCAAUACAUAAUAAGUUAACAUUUUUGUGCAUUAUAAAACCUGGUAUACAAGACUUCCUAUGUCUCUCCGUUUUGCACAUUGGUGCAAUCAGUCUCUGACUGAAGAUGCUGCACUUGAUCACCUUCAGGGCGUGGAGUGGAUUUGCUAUCUGCGACGACUUCAGAGCACCCUUGUUCUCGCAGAACAUGAUAAUAAGAAAUUGACUCCAAUUACCCUCAAUGCCAUUACAGCUGCUAAACAGCUGGGCGGAGAUGUAACCUGCUUGGUCGCUGGAACGGAUUGCAGCAAGGUGGUGAAAGACCUCAGUAAAGUGCAAGGAGUGAAGAAGAUAUUAGUGGCACAGAACGACAUAUUCAAAGGUUUGCUACCAGAGGAACUGACACCACUGGUCCUGGCUUCACACAAACAGUUUAAAUUCACACACAUAUGUGCUGGGGCCUCUGCCUUUGGGAAGAAUCUUGUGCCAAGAAUAGCUGCAAAGCUUGAUGUCGCUGCCAUCUCCGAUAUCAUUGAAAUUAAAGCUCCAGACACAUUUGUCAGGACCAUCUACGCAGGAAAUGCUCUGUGCACGGUGAAAUCGAGCGAUGAAGUAAAAGUUUUCUCUGUGCGAGGUACAGCUUUUGAAGCCGCUGCUACGGAUGGAGGAGAUGCAAGUUCUGAAGAAGUUUCAGUUCCAGCUGCAGCUGGUUUGUCCGAAUGGUUGGAGCAAAAUCUGUCUAAAAGUGACCGCCCAGAACUAACCAGUGCAAAAAUUGUGAUAUCUGGAGGCCGUGGUUUAAAGAGUGGAGACAACUUCAAGUUAUUGUAUGACUUGGCUGACAAAUUACACGCUGCUGUGGGUGCUUCUCGAGCUGCGGUAGAUGCAGGAUUCGUGCCAAAUGAUUUACAAGUUGGACAGACUGGAAAGAUUGUGGCACCCGAGCUCUAUAUCGCUGUCGGGAUUUCGGGAGCAAUUCAGCACUUGGCUGGCAUGAAGGACAGCAAGACAAUUGUGGCCAUUAACAAGGAUCCAGAGGCUCCCAUCUUCCAAGUGGCGGACUACGGCUUGGUGGCAGAUCUCUUCAAGGUUGUCCCGGAGAUGACAGCUUUACUGGAAAAAUAACCCCAAGAAUUUACAGUGCGGUCAAAUGGAGCCGUGCGUUGGACCUGUAUAACCUGCCUGUAAUGUGCACGUCAAUACUGAACGUUAUUUUUGAUGCACCUGGUAUUUGUCUCUAUCAAUAGAAUCGAUCGAUUACACUUGA